AUGGCUCUUCUGGUCAUAGAUCUCGGUAUGUUCGAACAUAAAUCGGUGGGCCAACUAUGGGCCAGACCGAUUGUGGAUUGGGUUGAGUAUGUGCGGAUUGGGCUUUGA